AUGCUACGCUACGCCAUCGAAUACGAGAACUCGAACAUCGCGAUCGAAGCAGCGAUGGCGCUUCGAAGAAGCCGAGAAAAUUACACGGCGAAAGCCAAGUCACCGGAGCGGCGCUCGGACAAUCAAGACCGCGAGCGUGGCGGCAAUGACCGCAAAGGCAACCGAAACAGAUUCCGCCCCCGGAACACAGAAGACACGUCGUACAGGAUCACAAAAAAUCCUGACAACGCAAAUGCAAUUCCUGUAAAGGUUGUAUCUACGGGAAACAACUAUGAUACUGGGAACGGACGAAGGGACGGACGGGCCAGCGCCCAGAACCCCAAUUACAUCGCGAAGCCGCGAUUCAAUCCCAAGAUAGCUCACCUGGCGUGCCGCACGUGCGGCGAGAAGGGGCAUCUCGCCGCGGAUCACUACGCUAAUAGCGCCCAGAUGAACGCCCUAGAUGCCGAGGAUGGGCGCGCAGAAGCGGAACACGAGGCACCGCCGGAGAGUGCCGACAACGAGAAAGCGGCCCCAGAGGACGUGGAAAAUGACGAAACGUAUUAUUUGGAGGCCUAUGAGGCCCACCAAGGAAAUACUAACGACGAUGACUACUCUACAGAUGGAGGAGAGGUCGUUUUCAUGAACGAACUACUCGUAAGUGACGACGGCGCCCAUAACAAUGGGCGCGAUCCGGCGCCGUUCGCCGCUAUUGCAGACGAAGAGAUCAAGGACAUCAACUUUCCAGAAGAAUUUGAAGUUGCCUAUGAACAACAUAAGGCCUCGGAAGAGGCCCAAGCCAAAACUCCGUGGGGCAAACGGAUACCGUUCCCCGGACCGCCCACAACGCCACCAUCACGCGCCCAAGAAGCGCUAAGCGAAGAAGCCAUCCCACGCCUGCGACAGCAAUGGCAGGAACGGAUCUCAGAUAUCACGGGCGAUAUCCCGCUCGAGAAACCCCCGUACCGCGAGAGGCCAUAG